AUGAAUACAGACAAUAACUCCAACAGUCUAGCAGGAUUAUCUAUCAGCGAGUCUGUUGAAACUCUUGAUGCUAAUGCCCAGCGCAAUGGUUGCUAUCAGGCUAUCAAAAAAAGUCGUGUGGAUGCAGAGUUGGAAAACAGCACCAUACCAGUAAUCACGACUACUUUACUAGGUACUAUUUCAGAGGAUCCCAUAGACACACUCAAAACACAUACUCUAUCUAUAAAGGUCAGAAAUGAGUUAAGAGCUCUUCGGGUUGAAUCUGCAGAGCACAUUUCUACUAUCCAGUCCAACUUUGAUCAGUAUAAACAGCGUAUUCUUGGAGAGAUGGCUGAACUGAAUACAUCACGGCAGAAGCUAGAUUCAUCUUUGACAACUAGGCAGCCAUAUUUCAACUUGGUAUCAUGCGUCUUUGUAAAUGUGUUGUGUCAAUGUCUGGUCUCAAAAUUAACAGGCAAUUCCAACUAUAUUUGCUUCAAGCAUAACCAGGCAAAUAGUAUUAGACAUCGACCAAUAAAUGCAUCUUCUUCUGAUACAUGCUGGGAGUCUGAAUCAGACAGCACAAUGGAAAAAGACGAUUUGUUCAGGGACCGUCGAUCUUCAUACACAUCUGUCGAGAGCUGUGAAAAGUGGAGAUACAAGGAUGGCAUCAAUUCGAUUGAUUCUUAUGAGCAAUCGAUACAAUGCAACUACGAUCAGCUUUUGAGAAGUCAAGAAAUACGCAGACGGGCGUCAGAUAUAAGAAGAGAGCAUAGUCUUGCAGCUGCGUUGGAUGCUCAAAAAAGAUAUAGGGUGGACCUAUACGGCCAUCAUUCAUAA